ACAAACGAUCGCCUUAGUUUUCUAAAGGGCGAGAGGCUGGUCCUGAUACAGUUCAAGCCGAGUUCAUCUCCGUCUUAUCCUCCCGUCAACAUCCUUUAAUUUCUAAUGGCUACGAAUACAGAUAACAUGUUGUCGAGCACCAUUUGUGGCCCGUGGUCUUGGUUUUGUAAAGGUGAUCAAGAUAAUGAAGACAUACUUUUGCCGAUGAUAUUGCUGGCUGUUUCUGUUACUAUACUGGGUACCUGUUUAUUCCAGUGGGGAUUCAAGAAGCAAAGAGAAACUGCUGAUAAGCUGCCACCAGGACCCCGUGGCCUUCCCAUAGUGGGCUACCUCCCUUUUUUAGGCCCCAAUCUUCACCAAUUGUUUAUGAAAUUGGCACUAACUUACGGUCCAAUCUAUAAGCUAUCAAUCGGACGGAAGUUAUGUGUCAUAAUAAGCUCUCCAACACUGGUGAAAGAGGCUGUACGUGACCAAGACAUAACAUUUGCCAAUAGAAAUCCAACUAUUGCAGCAAAAACUUUCUCAUACGGUGGAAAGGAUAUUGCAUUUCAACCAUAUGGUCCCGAGUGGCGCAUGCUGCGUAAACUAUUCGUGCGGGAGAUGCAAAGCAAUGCAAAUCUUGAUGCGUUUUAUUCUCUGAGGAGAAAGAAGGUGAAGGAGAGUGUUAAUGAAACGUACAGAAAAAUUGGCAAACCUGUAAAUAUCGGGGAAUUGGCAUUUUCGACGGUGAUCAAUAUGAUAUCAGGCAUGUUUUGGGGCGGUACUUUAGAAGGGGACACACAGAUUGAUAUUGGCUCCAAGUUUAGAGCGGCAGCCUCGGAACUCAUUGAGAUACUGGGAAAACCAAAUGUUUCAGACUUCUUUCCAGCCCUUGCAAGAUUUGAUAUACAAGGAAUAGAGGGGGAAAUGAAGAAGGCAACACAAAGGAUCGAGAAAAUCUAUGAUUUUGUCAUAGAUGAAUGGAUUGGAAAAGACGGUGCAAGAGCUGAAUCAGGGGCUAAAGAUGAUCAAAGAAAGGACUUCAUGCACUUCCUUUUGGGGUUCAAAGAACAAGAAAGCGGGAGAUCAAUUUCCCGAGAACAAAUUAAGGCUCUGCUUAUGGACAUCGUUGUCGGUGGCACCGACACAACCUCAACUACGUUCGAAUGGGCUAUGGCGGAAAUGAUGCUACACCCAGAGGUGAUGAAAAAUGCCCAGAAAGAAUUGACAGAUGCGGUGGGCACCGACGAAAUUGUUGAAGAACGCCACAUUGACAAGUUACAGUUCUUGCACGCGGUUGUGAAGGAGACCAUGAGAUUGCAUCCGGUAGCGCCACUGUUAUUACCCCGUUCCUCAUCUAACACUUGCUGUGUUGGGGGAUACACAAUACCAAGGAAUGCGAAAGUUUUUCUCAACGUUUGGGCUAUACAUAGAGAUCCUAAAUUCUGGGACAAUCCGUCAGAAUUUCAACCGGAAAGGUUCCUGAGCGACGUUGAUAGAUUGGAUUAUCUCGGAAAUAAUAUGCAAUAUCUUCCAUUUGGGUCCGGUAGAAGGAUCUGUGCAGGGCUGCCUCUGGGCGAAAGGAUGCUCAUGUAUUGUUUGGCCACUUUCUUGCACAUGUUCACGUGGGAAUUACCAAACGGUGUAAGGGCUGAUACUUCAGAGAAGUUUGGGUUGUUCUGGAGAAAUCUACUCCUCUGAUCGCCAUUCCAACGCCCAGAUUGUCCAACCUGAACCUCUACGCAUAAAUGGUAUGGUGACCGCGAUAAUAUAUUAACUACCCGAGUGAGGACUAUAUAAUAAAUCCAUUAUUGGUUGAUUGUGUUUGAUUA